UUUGGGUGACAGUCAUGGUCUAUGAAGGACUGACGAGGUCCAUAUAUUAUCUAUAUAUAUAAGCUUGGAUGGUUCAACUGAUCUAUCAUUUCUCUGCAUGUAUAUAUAAGUUUAUAUAUGUCUCAAAUGUCAAUUCACGAGGCUGAUGCUGUCGAUGCCGAAGUGGCUGACUGGUUACAUUCCAUCAUUGAUAUACCUGCCUCUUCGUUAAGCCGGAAGCUAACAGAAGACUCGACACACAGUAUACAUUUCGGUAUUUCACAUACACUUGCCGAGACUACUAGAAAGGAAGACUAUAACAAGUUCCAUGAGCCUCGUGUGGUUUCCAUUGGUCCAAUCAACCACGGAAAACCUCAUGUUAAACCCAUGGAGAAUUUCAAGCAGAAAGCAGUGAGGGAAUUAGCAGAAAGAGCAAAAGUAGACCAUGUAUCUAUUGAACAAGUGUAUGCAAGUGUUGAAGAACAUUUGCUCAGAACUAGGAAUUAUUACUCUACUUUGUUUGAGAGUAUCAGUGACCGUAAGUGGUGUCAGAUGAUGUUCCUAGACGGCUGCUUUAUUAUUGAAUUCAUCUCCAACGACAAUAUAGAUACUAGUGGCAGGAGGAGCUGGUUGAAUAUGAAGAAACAUGAUAGAGAUCUGGUGCGUCGUGACCUUUUAUUGUUAGAUAAUCAAUUGCCUUUCCAUGUUCUAGACGUGUUAGCACGCGCAUUUAGAUGUGAAGAAUUUACUUUGGAAUUUUUAACCAUGUGGUUCCUCCAAAUGCCGUUGUUAAACAUAUCUUCUGCUCCAAAUCCUACAUUUCUUCUUUAUUUCAAGGGUGUAUCUUAUCAUCGACAUCAGCAGUGGGAGGCUCAAGCUCCUGUACAUCUUCUUCAAUAUUAUAGAUACAUAUGGAUCAACGUAUUAUUUGGAGAUCGUGUAGAAGAAGAAGAUGACGAUGACGACAACAAAAAAGAAGAUUAUUUUACUGGUGGCCCGCCUUUCUCAGUCACAGAGUUGAAGAAAGCAGGUAUUCCAUGCAGUUGUUCAAGUGAUCCUUUCAUAGAGAUCCAUUUUAAAUCAUCUAUCUUAUCAGGGAAGUUAUUCCUUCCAAAACUAACUCUCGAUGAAUGGGGUGUGACCCUUUUAGUUAACCUAGUUGCUUACGAAUUUUCGUGCAACUUACUAUAUAGAUCCUCUGGGAUCUCAUCUUACUUGAGUUUCAUGAGUAUGUUAAUUAAUGGAGAGGAAGACGUUAAGGAGCUGCGAGCCAAGGGCAUACUCCAGGUCAUCUUCAAUGCUGGUGAUGAUGAACUUGUUAAAUUCUUGAGAAAUAUAACAGCACUUCCUGAGUCCAAUCCUCAAGCUCUUAGGCAUGUCAAACGACAGAUUUCUACUUACUUCAAAAGUAAACGCCUACCUCUAAUAGUUGCCUUUUCUGAAGUGAAGCAAAGGUACUUUAGUGGUCCUUGGAGUUUCCUUGUGUUCCUCGCUGUUAUUUUCACGGUUAGUAUGACUGUAAUUCAGACUGUCCUCACAGGCAUUCAGACUUACAAAUAGACUAAAUGCAUACCCCUAUCAACAUUUCGUUCCACUUUUUCUUGAGCUAUUGUAUCUUCGUUCUUCGUAAGUUGUAUUUUGAUUGUGGUUGUAUUUGAAUAAAACAGUAACAAGGAAUAGCCACUUCUCCCUUGUUUCCUUUUAGUGCA